GGGCUGUCAUGGAAUCCAAGUCGGUUUUGCAUUUUGUCGGAAUUACAAACCAAUUUUGGUUUCAUUUGGUGUCAUGAAACCGGAUUGGUUUUGCUCUUUUCGAACAUAACCAAAACCGAUGUUCGAAUCAGCUGUUUUGCACAUUUGUGUGUAUGGCGAUAAUUUGAAUGUAUAUUUUUUUGACACAAUUUUUAAAAUUGAAUUGUUUUCAUUAAUUAAAAAAAAAUAAGUGAGCGCAAAAUGACAUCCGCAGUUGUCGCAUUUCUCUUAUUGGAAGAAGAAAGUUCCGAGAAAGUUAAAAGAAAAAUUUUGAGAGAUUGCAGCAAUCCACUUGAGCUGCCUGAGACAGCUUUCAUAGCAUAUUAUCGCCUAAACAAAGAGGCUUUCCGAAUGGUGCUUGACACCACUGAAGGGCACUUGACACGUUCGAAAGUUCCACCAGUGCUGCAGUUAGCACCUUCGUUGCGAUUUUUAGCUGAAGGAUCCUAUCAAAGAUCAGUCGGGAACGACUCUAGCAUAAGUGUAGCUAGAAGCACGGUGUCAACGAUUUUAGAUGAUGUGCUUAAGGUUAUGGAGCGGUUCAUUUGCCCUCAGUGGGUGAAACUAGAAAUGGACGGCACCGAAAAACGCAGAUCAAGAGACUAUUUUUACUUAAAGUACAAAAUUCCCUCAAUAAUUGGUUGCAUCGACGGGACACACAUAAAAAUCAUCAAGCCGAGUAUUGACGAACAUUUAUUUUAUAAUCGAAAUUGAUAUUUCAGUAUGAAUGCCAUGA